AUGCUUUCAUUAACUAAUUCAUUAUCAGUUUCUGAUAAUUUUUCUUAUUUGGAUAUAACACCUUUUACGAAAGUACAAUCAUCGGAUGAAUUAUUUUUUAAAUCGCUAAGAACGGAUGACAUAUCGACAAGUUGUACUUUACAGUCAGUCAACACAUGUGAAAAUAUAACAAAUGUUGAAAAAUUACAUCUUGAUGACUCAACAGAAUUGUUAUUAAAAGAUAUUGUAAAAACCAUUAGUCAGUAUCAAUUUCUUCAAGAACUAUCUUUAUCUUAUUCUUUGCUCAGUGAUGAACUACUCACAGCAUUAUCGUGUGAUGAUCAAAUAAAUCUCAAAACAAUGAAAAUUGAAGUUUACCCUGAUGAAAAACCACUACCACACAUUAGCGAUAAAACGUGGCUUACAUUAGAAAAUCAUUUACCUGAUCUUAAUGUUGUCUUAACGUCGUAUUUAUCAGAUGAAGAUAAUUGUAAUGAUUUUCUUAUAACACCAAUUCCAGUUACUCAUUUAUUUCUUAGUGGAUCCCCGCCUGAAAUAACUGUUGGCAGAAUUAGUAAAUGCUGCACGCGACUUGUAGAACUUAUUAUUAGUUCGUAUAAUUUUGGCCUUAUUGACGAACCAUUAAUUGCUGCUGCUAAAGGAUGUCCAAAAUUAUCAGCUAUAAGCCUUGGAGACUGUGAAUUAACAUGUUCUGGUCUCGUGGAAUUCGUUGGGAUUUGUAAAGAACGUCUUCAAAUACUUUUGAUAUGGGAAACAUCCCUUAUGGAAGAUUCAAAUUUAAAUGUAGAUGAAGCAGCUUCCCAAGUUUCAUGUCUUCUAGGUCGACCAUGGAUACCAGAGAGCAUUCCAUUUUGGUAG